AAGGAACACAUCUCAGAGAACUAACAGCAUGAAAUACGAAACGACAAUAGUAGAUCUGAAUGCCGGCGCAGGGGGAGUUUAUCAGACAACAGUGGCACCCGUACCGGUGAAGUCCUCCAGAAGCUGGAUAUGGAAGACAGUUGCUGCUAUCGCUUUUCUCGCCCUCUGUGCUGUGGCGGCUGUUUUCUUCUCCUGGCAUGUAAUGAAACCGAACCAAAAAGAACUUCGCCCCUUUUUUGCGGAGAAACAAAUCAGCACACCAUCAGAGCAAGGAAGAAUGCUGAAGCAGAUCGCUGAGAGAACAAAAGCAGCCAUUCAUUUACAUGGUGAGCAUGACAGCAACCCACAAUCGGAGUCUCUUAAGUGGGUCAGCGGCGUGGAUCAGUCGUUCGAACAGGGCGGCCUCAAGCUGGCCAACAACAAGAUUCACAUUCCUGCCGACGGCCUUUACUUUGUAUACAGCCAAGUGUCCUAUGCCAUACAGUGCAAUUUGGACGAAGACGAUGAAGCUCAGAACUUCCUGAGCCACACCAUCUGGCGUUAUACGGAUGCAGUGGGAGAGUUGAAGGCUCUGCAGAAUUCGGCCCACUCCGUAUGCCAGUCACAAGAGGAUGGGAAGACCACGUACAGCACCAUCUACCUGGGUGCCGUCUUUAAGCUCAUGGAGGGCGACGAGCUGUCGACCAAAACCAUGCGCUUGACCGACGUAGAAGAAGAUUAUGCCAAAACAUUCUUUGGAGUGUUUGCCUUGUAAUUUGUUAGCCACAUGAGUUGCGUGGCACGAUAUGAAGACAAGUGUUUUACGUUAAAACUUCCAAAGUAUGUUCUCAGGGCAUUCGCUUUAAAGUAGUUUGACUAAUGCUGAGUCCUUAUUGCAUUGUAACAUAAUGUUUUGUUUCUAAAACACAUCAGAUGCAGUGAGAGCCGUGCGCUGGAUACUAUGUACUCAGUCAUGAGCACUAUUCCAAGGGCACUACAACUCGUAUAAUUA